AUGUCAGCUACUGAGCUGGCGGAAGCAGCCAAAGGCGAUAUAGUCUUUCAGAAUGCCACUAUCCUUGAUGGAUCUGGAGACGUUCCGGGAUACACAGGCUGCGUGUUAGUGCGAGAUGGAAGGAUACACCGUGUCUGGAACAAUCAUUCCCCUUUAGCACCUGGAGCGGUCGAACAAUGCCGAGAACGUGGGAUUCAAGUCAUCGACUGCGAGGAUGGCACAUGGCAUCUAUCGCCUGGUUUCAUCGACAUGCAUGCCCAUUCCGAUCUCUCCCUUCUGCACACACCCGAGCAUACAGCCAAAGUCACCCAGGGAGUGACGACCGAAGUCGUCGGCCAAGACGGCAUCUCGUACAGUCCUGUAGACGAUAAAUCCAUCGCUCGAAUCAGAGAGCAGAUCUCAGGCUGGAAUGGCAAUCCUGUAGAUCCACCAGACUUCUUCGAUCGCUGGAGAAGCGUCAGAGAAUACCUUGAUGUGCUAGACCGAGAGAAGAUAGCAACAAAUGCAGCUUAUCUCGUCCCACAGGGCAAUCUUCGAAUUUUGGUCAAAGGAUGGGACUCUUCUCGAGCAACGCCGGACGAGCUGGAUCAGAUGAAGAAGAUUCUUGUCCAAGCUCUCGAAGACGGGGCCGUAGGAAUGAGCUCUGGGCUCACAUAUGUGCCCGGAAUGUUUGCACCUGAUGAAGAGAUCGCCGAACUGUGUAAAGUGGUGAAGCAGUAUGGAGGCUACUACUGUCCUCACACUCGUUCAUAUGGCAAGGGCGCGCUCAAAGCAUAUCGAGAGAUGAUCGAGUUGGCAAAGCAAAUCGGUGUUCGACUACAUCUUACUCAUGCAACUAUGAAUUAUCCUGAGAACGCCGGAAGAGCAAACGAGCUCAUCGCAAUGAUCGACGAUGCCAUCGCUGCAGGAGUUGAUAUUUCCCUGGAUACAUAUCCGUAUCUUCCAGGGUCGACGACUCUAGCCUCCACACUUCCUUCAUGGGCAUCAUCCGCAGACAAACCAGGCGCGCUGCUCGAUGAUCCCAAGACCCGAGCAGAAAUCAAGCGCCUCGCCCUGGAAGAAGGCACGGAUGGCUGUCACGGCUGCACUUUGGACUGGAGCAUCCUCGAGAUUGGCGGCACUCAGAAUCCAGAACUCGCAUCCAAAUACGUUGGCAAGACCAUAGCUCAAAUCGCCGAGGAGCAAAACCGGGAUCCCUUCGACACGUACAUCGACAUCUUGAAAGAAGACAACUUCAACAGCACAAUCCUUUCGCACUGCGGCCAUGAAGAAAAUGUCCGUCGCAUCAUGCGCCAUCCCAGACACACAGGGGGAAGUGACGGAAUCUUGACGAGCACGAAACCUCAUCCGAGAGGUUGGGGUACGUUUCCACGAUAUCUCGGCCAUUACGCUCGAGAUUUGCCAAAUGGGAAGAGAUUGGAGGAAGCUGUGGCGCAUCUGACCUCUCGGCCGGCAGCUAUUGUGAGGAUGAAGGAUCGUGGGCUGAUCAAAGAAGGAUAUCGAGCUGAUUUGGUGUUGUUCGAUAAGGACGAGAUCCGUGAUACUGCGACUUAUGCUCAGCCUAGACAGGCUGCGAAUGGUAUCAGAGCUGUGAUGAUUAAUGGUGUUUUUGCGGUGGAGGAAAGCAAAGCCACUGGCGCAAGAGCAGGGAGGACUGUGAGAAUGGUAGCUGGGAACGGUGGAGAAUGGAUAGUGCGAUAG